GAGUAUAUUGCAAAACGAUGCCGUUUCCCUAGCAGGAGUCCCCCAAUGUUCAAUAUUAGUACUGUAUCCCCAUGUGAGAAACAAAUAAAUCAUCGUUUAUUUUGCAGAUUGACAACAAAGAGAACGACAAGGCAUUGAAUUGAAGGGAUUCAAUCUGUCAAUUUUAGUUUUUGGUGAAAAUUAAAAGAUGGGGUCAUCAUCAGUAAUAACCCCAGAAGAUGUGUUGGAGUCAUUGAUGAAUGAUGGAACCAUUGAUGCUCUCAGGUUGAAGAUUAUAAAUCAGCUAAAAGCCAAUGAGGAGCUGAAAAACACAACGAUCAAAAUGGCAGAGCAGAGUAAGGUCCUAAACACAUCUGGUGCAGAGAAACAGACCAAAAGAGAAUUGUUUGAUGCACUUAGGCAGGAACUUGAAACCCCAGUGCUUGAGAUGGCCUCAAAAUCAGUUUGGGAGUUGAUUCUUGACAGCAAUGGGCUAGGGAAGGAAAUAAGUGAAACGGUUGAAAGAGUCUUUUGUAAAUUAAGUGGCAGGGAACCUCCACUGUUUCCUCAUUCAAACGAUGUUGUUCUUCUGCCUGAAAAAGCAGUCGGAGAUGAGAAAAGAAAAGGGAAGGAAAAAGACUGUGAAAACGAAAAGGAGAACUCGAAAUCCAAAUCAAAGAAACGAAGUUUCAAUGACAUGAAUGCCAAUGGAAGUGCCACUGACAUCACUGGAAAGUCUACCGAUACUCCAGCCGCACCCCAUGAUGCUAAUUAAUCUCCCAUGCCUAGCAUGAAGAUAUCUUCAUGUGUCAACAGAAACGAUUGUUGCAAAACCUAAUGUGGUGGUCUUUUGACUGGGAAGAAAAAGACAAGAAAAAAUUUUCCCUUCAAUUUCCAGUGAUAGAACAACACAACAGUGCUAGGUUUAGUUUAUUUCCUUGUAUAUCCCCAGGCCUGUUUCAUUUGGCUUUGCUUAUUUACAAAGUAGAUAAAAUUUUUUUUUAUUAUCAUCCAGUUUCUGGCUCUUGCACCAUAGAAAUAAAUUGUUGAACACCAUAAAUGAAUGUGGCAUAGAUUGGUGUGGUGUUAUCUACUUAUUCCUAGGCACUCAUUUAUUUCUUGCCUUGCUGUACUUUGAUAGAUUGUCCUCAAAAGAGACCAUGUGCACUUAGAAGCAGUGGAGCUCGUAGCUGUGAAAUUUCAAGGCAGAUAUGGAGGAAGGUGUUGGCAGCUUGUGAUAGUGAAAGAAGUAUGUGAUCUUGGCAGGAUGAACUAAAUUGGGCAGUAUAUACCAGGUUUGGCAUUUGAGAAACAGGAGCAAAGGACUUAGCAUGAAGUCUUUUAACACAGUUGUGAAGAUUUUUAGAUUUAAAAUAGGAGAGUUUGAUUGGUGGAAUCUUAUAUUUUCAGUGGUAAUGUAAGAAUUUGGAAUGUGAUUAUCAAUGUUUAGAUUUCAAAUAUUCUCAUGAAA